AUGCCCCUCGGCUUUGAGCGCCUGAACGAACGCACACAGCGCCCGAACGCGCACAUCAACUUUAUACGCACCCUACCGGGCUCUUCUUCUUCCGCAGCCGAGCAGAUCCUGAACCGUGUGGCUGCAAUAUGCUAUCCGUUCAUGAAGAGCGACACCAUCUUUGUUCAGGCCCUGGAGGAGUACCCCUAUAAUCGCGAAUUCGUCGGCCGCAACUUCAACGCCGGCGAGGUCAUACAAUUGGUUUUGCGCGACGCAAGCGGCCGCUGGUUACCGCAACGCAUGGUUGAGAUGGUCAUGGUGCAUGAGCUUGCGCAUUGUAAGCAGAUGAACCAUAGCAAGGCGUUUUGGAAGGUGCGAGAUGAGUAUGCUGGGGAGCUGAGGAGUCUCUGGGGAAGAGGAUAUACGGGGGAGGGACUUUGGGGCCGCGGGAGGGACCUAGACACUGGGGUUGUGCAGGCGAAGGAGGGAGAAGUCAUGGAUGUGCCUGACCAUCUGUGUGGAGGGACGUAUGGAAGACGAGGGCGGAAGAGGAAAAGAGGAGGAAAGGAAAAAGAGAAGGUUACAUAUGCAGAUCGAAAGCAGAGGCGGAUAUUGAGAAAGUUUGGGACUGGAGGGUUGGCGCUGGGUGCAGAUGAUGCAGAGAAGGUAAAGCUCGAGGGUGGAGUGCCUAAGAAGGGGAAGCCGAGAGUAGCUGGGAGUGCAAGGGGUCGAGAGUUGAGGGCUGCAGCGGCGUUGGCGAGGUUUGAUAGAUUGAAGCCCAAAGAGGAUGCGACAGUGAAGAAAGAAGAGUCAUCAUCGGGAAGCGAGACUGAGGACGAGUAUGUGGACGGCGACCAGCUUGAUGCAGCGGUGGAUGUUGAUGGAUCGAGCAUGUUUGACGACAAAGGUCGGGCAUUGAUAAAAAUCUGCGAAGAUGAAGAUGACAAAGAUGGCGACGCGAGGAGAGAGAUGGACGAGAUACAGGGCUUCACAGCGUCGAUCAAGACAAUACACAAGCCAGCCACAUCAACCGCAUUAGCGAACAAGCAGCCAACUCGCUCAAAUCCAACACUAAGUGUCCAAACCGAUUCCUGUCCUCGAUCUUCUUCCAAAUCCUCCUCGACCUCCACACUCGCAUCACUAUCCUGUCCAAUAUGCUCCUUUGCCAAUGCCGGCACCGCGUUGACCUGCGACGCAUGUACGCACGUUCUCCAACCAGACUUGAUGCCUGAUUACUGGCGUUGUAGGAGCAUGACAUGUAAAGGAAGCGCAUAUAUAAACGCUGGUGAUGCAGGGAGAUGCGGUAUCUGUGGAGUCCGAAGAAGGACAUGA